AUGGAUCAAGCGGUGAGCCGUAGACCCAACGUCGUACCAGCGCCAUAUGGAGAGGCUUGUACAAACUGUGCUCGCGCAAAGUAUCGAUGCACCUAUCGACCUGAUAGACGACAAUGUGAAAGAUGUCUCCGAUUGGAGAAAGAGUGCGUAACGCCCGUCUCAGCGCGAAGACUGGCUAGCAAGCACCUGAUGGAAUCUCGCGUCGUCGAGUUGGAGGAGAAGAUCGAAAGUCUCAUGGCCCUGCUCCAAAAUCAGGCGGCUGAAAAAUCGCAUCCUCACCGAACCUCGCCUCCAGUGGCUAUCGGUACGCCGACCUCUAAUGGAUUGUCUCAUCGCGAUCGAGAAAGCCAUGACAGCGCGUUUAACACCGAUCCUCCGAAUCCAGAAUUAGCCGGGCCUGUUCAAUCAGACCUGCUAGCGGUAGGUGAAAGUGUAUACCAACAUCGGUCACAGUUCGAUAUCCUCACAUCGGCUUUCGAGCCCCAGCCGCUUCAGGCCGAGGACUGCCUAGUAUACUUCCAUUCGCGCAUGCUUAGCUUGUUUCCUUUUGUGUAUCUCCGCCCAGAUAUGAGUGCGAGACAGCUUCGAGAAUGGUAUCCUUUUCUGUGGGUCAACAUAAUGGCUGUCACGGCCAAGCAUGUGAUAGGCCAGGAGGUUUCCAUGACCGAUAGCAUUAAGCGCUUCGUUGCGCAGAAGAUGGUUGUUGAUAAUGAAUCAAACCUCGACCUUUUAUUGGGUUUACUCGCCUUUAUAUGCUGGUUUCAUUUCCAUCAUAAGGGCACGUCAUAUAUCAUUGUAAUGAUCUCACUCGCGCACUCGAUCAUUACCGACAAGAAAUUGAACAAAAUGUCUCUGGAAACACAAGCUACCACCCCGUGCUCAAACCCACCGAAGCCAUCUCAAGAAGCCAAGAGUAUGGCAGAACGACGAGCCACACUAGCAUACUUUCUCCUGGUCUCCCAAAUUUCAUAUGCAAAAAAAGAAAUUGAUGCACCGGAGUGGACCCCGUUUUUGGAUGGGUGCCUCCAAACACUCUCGCAGUCUCCAGAAUGGCCAGGAGAUGAGCAGCUCGCAGCCCAGGUGAAAAUGCAGUUACUAGUCGACCAAUUAAACCGAGGUCCAUGGAAGAAUCAAGAGCUACAACCAUAUUGCUCUUCUUAUCUUGAAGGACUGCUGUCACAAUUGGAGAAAAUCAAGGCGCAGCUCCCUCCCAGCCUUACUCAAAAUGUUAACAUCACUGCCCAGCUUCUUUAUUCUGAGCUAGUUAUUCAGGACGCCAUCUUAGCGAAAAACCCAGUCUCCCUGUAUAGCCCAAACUACAAGUGGCAUCAGUUACUUGAGGCGCAUCUCAAAACUAUUACACAUAGCUUUGAUCAAUUCUUUAGUAUGCAACAGGAUCAAUACCCGGCUAUGACCUUUGCCCGCUGGUGUCAGAUGGCCCACGUCUUGAUACUUCUUCAUCGCCUGUUCGUGCUCAACGACCCGUCCUGGGAAGCGCGCCAGCGUGUUAACUUGUUUGCGCUAGGCGAUCGCCUGGUCAACAUCUUGGCAGAAACAGGGGCGAGUCGUGGAGGUGGUACACCGAGCGGUGCAGACGAUAGCAUAUUCAUCAGAUUCUCUAGGAUGAUUAAAUCCAUGUGUAAUGCCUGGUGGGCCGAGCUACAGUCCCCAGAACACAGGCAACAGUCUGGCGAUCGCCACUGGCAGCUGCAAGGCCUAUAUCCGUCCCAAAACACAGACCCUGAUAUAGUAGCUCGAGGCGGGCUUCUUGCACAAGGAGGAAUGGCGGCGUCGGGGCUUGUGACUCAUCAGUAUGGUAUGAUGUCUGACGACGAUUGGAUGAAUGAAAUUUUCAACCUACAUUAA